CUAAAAAAACUAUGAAAAAACAUGAUAUCAUCAUCAAGCUUCUCCUUAUCAUCUGCCUCUUUCUCAGUCAAAUCCUGACUCGGGAAUGCCGAGAAGUCCAUUUCAAGAUUGGACCUCUAAAGAUCAUCACAAAACCGAAUUACGGUAGUAUGAUACCAAAUCGGGUCGAAGAAAAAAAGUUGCAUAAGCACCCAUCCGGACCUAACCCAACAGGAAAUCGCCACCCACCGGUCAACCCUUGACUCAAUAUCAGCACAAAUGUCGACACCAAAAGAGUCUUAUAAGUCAAUGUCUAAUAAAUCUCGUCAGAAGAUGUAAUAAGGAGUGAAGCAGCUUAUAAGAGGGAGUGUUACUUACAAGUUACAGAUCCAAUGUGUGUGUGAAACAUAUGUACUCUAAUAGACUAUAUAUAUUAAUUCGGUGAAAAUAAAAACAAGAGAAGAGGCCUUAAUUAUAAGCACAGCCUCUAAGUUGCUACCAUAAGUCCAUAACAGAGCCAUCUUAACGGAGCAAGACAUGUGAAACGAGCUGAGAUUUUGAAGCAGAGCAUUUUUCUUAUUAUUGAGAAUAACUGUGGGAUUCCACAUUCGAUAUGUUUCUAUUUCCUCAGCAUAUGUUAUAGUGAACUUGAAAAUUUUGUUUUGUUUUUCAUAAAGAGUUUUCAGUAU